GUGCUGACGAUGCUGAAGACGACUUCCAAGAAGCCACCGCCACAACCACCACGUCAUCCCCAACACAUCCCAAGGAUGGGUCCCUGCGCCUGGUGAACGGCAGCCACCGGUGCGAGGGGCGCGUGGAGCUGUUCCAGCUGUCGCAGUGGGGGACGGUGUGCGACGACGCCUGGGACCUGCGGGACGCCGGGGUUGUGUGCAGGCAGCUGGGCUGCGGUCGCGCUGUGGCGGCCUGGGGGGAGGCGCGCUACGGCCCCGGCACCGGCUACAUCUUCAUGGACAACCUCAAGUGCAAGGGCCAUGAGGUCUCACUGCUGCGCUGCUCCCACAUCCGCUGGGACGUCCACAACUGUGACCACUCUGAGGAUGCUGGAGCCACCUGCGACGUCCCCUGA